AUGCCAACGGAAAAGGUGCUGGGGAUGUGGUGGAAUACGACCACAGAUACGUUCACCUUUAAGUUAUCACCGAAGCACAAUGUCGAACUACUGUCAGGUGUUAGAAUACCCACGAAACGUGAAGUGCUGAGGACGUUGAUGGCAAUAUAUGACCCAGUAGGACUCAUCGCUAAUUUCCUGAUCUACUUGAAGAUCCUGCUACAAGAAAUCUGGCGUGCAGGAUGCGGCUGGGAUGACGAGAUCAGCGGAAAGCUAGCUGAAACAUGGUUGACAUGGGUUGAAGUGCUACCUCGCGUCCGUCAAGUCAACAUUCCUCGCUGCUACAGAAUCGAAACGUCCGCCAAUCCGACAAGUAAUUUGGAAUUGCAUAUUUUCUGCGACGCCAGUGAGAACGGGAUUGCUGCUGUUGCCUAUUUUAUGUUCGAAGAAAAAGGAAAGGUUGAAUGCUCGCUGGUUGGAUCGAAGACACGUGUUUACCCUCUGAAGUUCCUCUCCAUACCUAGCCUUGAGCUUCAGGCUGCUGUGAUUGGUUCUCGACUCGCCGAUUGCAUCGUCAAGUCACAUCGUUUGAAGAUCAUGCGUCGCGUUUUCUGGACCGACUCCCGUGAUGUUGUCUGCUGGUUGCGAUCGGACCACCGACGAUAUAGCCAAUUCGUGGCAUUCAGGGUGAGUGAACUACUCGAUACAUCGAAGGUGAGCGAGUGGAAGUGGCUGUCAACAAAGAAAAAUGUAGCAGACGAAGGCACGAAGUGGCAAAGGUUGCCGGACUUCCAACCAAGCAGUCGUUGGUUCCGCGGACCCGAUUUUCUGUGGGAGCCCGAAGAGCAGUGGCCCGUAGAUAGUGGAAAUCAAGGCGUAACCAUGGAGGAAAUUCGACCCAGCAUUCUCCACUACACAGCUGUCGCUCCACUACUAGUAAACUUUGACCGCUUCUCUAAAUGGAAUCGGUUACUAAUGACAAUUGGAUAUGUUCACCGGUUUGUCGACAAUCUUUGUAAUCGCAAGAAGAAAGUAUCAAUGCAGCUGGGACCCUUAACACAGGAAGAGCUGAGUCUUGCCGAGAACACAAUUUAUCGUUUGGUUCAGCACCAGGCUUAUCCAGAUGAAGUCCAGUUGCUCCGCAACAGUAAACCCGAGUCUCACCCAUGGGAGCGCAUUCUGCCGAAAACCAGUCCGUUGUACAAGCUGAGCCCAACCAUUGAUAAGCAGGGUGUCCUCAGAAUGCAAGGGCGAAUCAAUGCGUGCGAAUGGGUAGAUGAAGGAACCUAA